AAAAAGAGAAGAGGGAUCUCAGAAGAGCCUGGAGCCCCUGAGGUGGUGGUGCCCUGGAGCAUCCACAGGGGGGGUGUCACCAUGCUGCACUGCCCUGGAGCCCAGCACACCUGCAAACUUCUCAAACAGGUGGCUGCCUGCUGCCUGCUGCUGCCUCGCUUCCUGCUCACAGCCCUCAUGCUGUGGCUUCUGGAUUUCCAGUGCAUCAGAAGGAGGGUCCUGCUCCGUGUGAAGGAGGAGAACCCUGAGAGAGAUGACCCCCCUCUGUGCGUCUCUGACUCCAACCGCAUGUGCACUCUGGAGUCCCUCAAGGCUGUGUGGCAUGGCCAAAAACUAGACUACUUCAAGUCAGCCUACCUGGGCUGCUCUGCCCCCAACACAGAGGUGGUGAUGCUGGAGGGGCAGAGGCUUUGCAGGAUCCUGGACUUCUCCCACAGGCAGAGACCCCUGAUUGUCAAUUUUGGCAGUUGCACCUGACCCCCUUUCAUGGCUCGCCUGCAGGCUUAUCACAGGCUGGCCACCCAGCACAUUGACAUUGCAGAUUUUUUGCUGGUCUACAUAGAGGAAGCCCAUCCUUCAGACGGCUGGGUGAGCACAGAUGCCUCCUACCAGAUCCCAAAGCAUCAGAGCCUCCAGGACAGGCUGAGGGCUGCCCAGCUGAUGCUCCAGGGGGCUCCAGGCUGCAGGGUGGUGGUCGAUGCCAUGUCCAAUGCUUCCAAUGCAGCCUACGGUGCCUACUUCGAGAGACUCUACAUCAUCCUGGAUGGCAAGGUGGUCUACCAGGGGGGCAGAGGACCAGAGGGCUACAAGAUCUCUGAAGUGAGGAACUGGCUGGACCAAUACCACAAGCACAUGCUCAACAAGGGCACCCUGGUCAUCCAGAUUUAAAGGGGGCACCACCAAGUAUUUUAUUUUCUCCAUUUCCAGUACAAAUCCAAGGCAGUAUUAUCCCAGAGGAGAGGACAUGCGUUUAACCCCAUGGAUGCCAAAGGGGUGGGGUGGGUAAACCAAGACCACCCAGGUGGAAUUGGAAGCUGCAAAAAUAAGCUACAAGGAGGAGGAGGAGGAUGUAUGUUAUUUUUCUAUUGUAUGUGUGACUGUGCAGCUGCGGGAGGGGGGACUACAAGUCCCAGCCAUGCCUGGCUUUCUGGGACUUGUAGUUCCUCCAUGCAGCUUUGAAACCACCCGCCCCUUCCUCCCCCCAGUGUGGUUGCUUUGCUGUCACAGGGUUGGAUCUGGUCGGUGUUUAGAAGUGAAGAUCGGUUUUUAAAUGGUUUCCCCGACCAGAAAAUCGCGUCUGAUGUUAGUAAAUGCCGGCGAGGGGUUCAGCCCGAGUGGAAACAGUAACAAAAGACUAUGAUAUUUGUUUAUUUAUGUGACUCUUUUUUGUAACUUUUUUUAUAUAAAUAUUUUUUUUUACGAUUUCAAAACAAACAACUGAGAUGAUACAAAUAAAGUUUAAAGAGACCGAA